GAAAUCAUGUCUAGAAAAACGAAUUACCGUAUGAAUAAAUGAAGAUAACGUUCGCCUACACACAGAAGCAGAGCGGCUGAAGCAGCCGUCAGUCCACGGCUGUCUUUGCGCAUGUCUCUUUCUCUACACCUUUAAAAGCAUCAGGAAGGAAGAAAAAGGAAGAAAGGGAGGUGACCGCACAAAUACAAUGAUCUCAGAAACUGACAACGACAAUCCGAAGGCCGAGUACCUCCGAUCCGAAGCGAACUAUUGCCCAGACUCCCCUGUCUCCUCUUCACCGGAAUCUGGGCAGCUGAGCAGGAGGCGGGACACGCAGACCACCAGCGGCAGCAUCCUUCCGGAGGAGAGCGGCAGCAUCCAGCCCCUGGUCUCCUCAGCCGCGGCCGCCGCCUGCAUCAUGACAUCGGGGGAGUUCAUCCAGACCGCUCCCCUGCUGGCGCACAAGUCCAAAAGGAGCCUGCUGUACAAGGCGCUCUGCUUCCUCCUCCUUAUCUUCCAAGGAGGCAUUCUGGACUUCUACCUCAUCAUCUUCACCGACCUGUACUGGUGCUCAUGGAUAGCCACGGACCUGGUGGUCAUCUCGGGCUGGGGGAUUUUCUUCAUGAAGAACGCGCGGAGCAAGAGAGAGCGGGCCUGCGGCUUCCACCAGAAGAGCUCCAUCUUCGGGUGCAACCUCGGGGAGUUCACCUACGCCUACCUGGCUUGGCUCAUCUAUGUGAUCGCCUGCACCCCGAAGGUGGUGCUCAUCCUGGAGACUUCCAUCCUCGACCUGAUCGCGCUCAAGGUCCCGUGCGGAGUGACCGGCUUCAAGAUCAUCAUGCUGCUGUCAGCGCCGCUGCUCUUCUGUCUCAUCAACUCCAUCAUCGAGGAUUUAAACGGGGCGACGCGGCACCACUCCCAGAGCUGCUUCAUGAGCACCUGCCUGGACCUGCUGGACAGCUUCACGCUGGUGGAAAUGCUGCUGAGGAGCGAGAUCCCCAACCUCUACCUGAAAUACACCGUCAUCUCGGUGUAUUUCGUGGCCCUCGCGGUGCCGGUGAUCUGGCUUUACGAGCUGACGGCGUCGGAGCUGCGCUGCCGGUGGCUGUGGGCCCGCUUCUCCACGGGCCUGGUGGUCAACGGACCCCUGCUGGUGGUCAGGUGUUUCCAGGUUUACGUCUACAAAAUGCCGGUGUCGGUGUUCAUGUUCAAAAACAUCUUCUUCUUGGCGUGUAAGUUCCUUGAGCUGGUGGAGCAGUGCGUGGCGGUGCAGGGCGUCCGGAGGCUGACCAGCGGCAGCAACCCGGCCCAGUUCUCCCACUGCGUGUCCGAGAACGACAUGUGUCCACACGGAUACGUCAACACCUUGGCAGUCACCCAGUCGUAGAGCCCGGGCCGGCCCGCCUGUGCUGAUGGCAGGAAAGUAGAGAAUAUGUGCUGCGUUCCAGACACACCUGGAAAUUGGAAAAUCCCAAUUUGAACCGAAAUAAAACCUAGAUACUGAGGCAGCAAUGCAUCAGCUUAUAGACUACUGGUUCCACAAAACGGUGCAGGUUAGAGUAAUACACUUUGCAUAGUUAGGUCAACAGGUCAAUUUACAUUUGAGCCAAACACUGAAUGAAUCCAAGCUGGCUAAACUCAAAGAGUCAAGUCACCCAAAUUGCAAAAAUAGGCGACGCAUUUUCUCAGGUACCUCUGUGGUGAUUUAAGAUGACUUCCUCCACUGUAUUCUGUGGUGGCAGUGCUCCCUGGGUGAACGGUGGGUCCAGGUCCCUUUUGCAUUUUAGUUUGGUUAUAAAUUGAUUAAACCCUAAUUUAUUUGAGGAUAUGCAUGUCAGCUCAAAUAUUACAGUAAUAAUACAGUAUUCAGCAAGAUCAUAAAACGGGACCUGUUUAAGAUUGGGGUGUUGUUUAGGGGCCCUGGGGCAUCAAAAAAUUCAAUGGUAACGUUUUUGUUUUUUUUUGUUAGUUUUUUUUUAUUUAUUUUACUGUGGACAACCCUCAGAUCACACUGAUGGAAGUUUUUCUUGUAACUGCCUGUGACAAACACUUAAGGAAAAAAAGUGGAUUGUCUGAAAAGAAUGAAUUACAUCCAUGAAGGCAGAAAUAUCUAAUAUAUGUUUAGAUAGUUAGAUAGAUAGAUAGAUAGAUAGAUAGAUAGAUAGAUAGAUAGAUAGAUAGAUAGAUAGAUAGACAGAUAGAUAGAUAGAUAGAUAGAUAGAUAGAUAGACAGAUAGAUAGAUUCCAUCAGAAGUAAGUGAUUUCAAUUUGAAACAAUGUGUUCUUUUAUGUCGCGGGCAAAGACAAAACAGUGCACUCAGACUUCAUCAUUAAACACACUAAUAUAAUGACGGCAUGAACAGAGUCACUAAGAGGCUUCACACUUCUAAUUUGCUAAUCAGGACUAAGGGCCCCUUGCUGUCUGUGGGCCCCCUGGGCAGCUGUGUAGUAGUUUGCUUAUAUCAAGGGAUGACUGUGAUUCAUUGUCAGUGCAAACUCCUUCACUGAUUACCAACCAUUAGUGCAACUGUACCUUAGAAUUUCAUAUUUCUUGUUAAAACUUGCAGAAAUGUUGCUCACACAGCUUUACAUGAAGUUUACUAACAGGCUUAAAAUAACACUAUUAUCUAAACAGCCUGUCAGCUCCAUUUUAAUUGUUAUGUGCAGAUUUUCAAAUAUGUAAUAUGCAAUGUUAUCCUACACACAUAUAAUCAGCUAUUUUAAAUGCCACCACAUACCAUCUACAGGGACCAAUUAACCUGGUCUGGAACCAUGAUGUAAAAGUUUGCUUUGAGCCCCUGUUGAGGAUUUAUUACAUUUAGACGUAUGUCACAUCUAUAAGAAAAGGCCCCCAGACUGGAUACAAAUGCAGGUCCCUUACCAUUGAGUGGCACAUCAUACCAAACAGCUUCAUAAUGAUUCAAUUAAUCACUAAAUAAUCAUAAUAUGUACAACCUGAGAACUUCGGGCCCCUGAGGGUCUGGGCCCCUGAGACAGAUGCAUGCUGUAAUUUAGUCAUGAUCAGCUGUGUUAAGCACAUAACCACAUUGGGCUUAGGAAGAAUAUAAAUCAUGACGCAAACCCAUAAUCUAGGGAUUCAUUAUGAUAGGCUAAAAACUCUUUCAAAGCACUUUGAUUCUGUGUUGAAGUUUACAGUGUAUGUUUCUAUGCAGGCCUGAUGUCAGAAAACUGCAUCUCUGAAACCUCUGAGCUUUUCUGUUUGGAGUUCUCGCUUCUGAGGCUGAUAACAUUUUACAUGAAAGGACAAUGGAUUUUCCAAUUUUUGUACAUGUCUGGAAUGCAUCAUCUGUACCAGCCUUACAAUGCUCCCUUUCCAGACCAGUCUACAGGUGCUACAGUCAAACACAACACCUGCAAUAGCCUACAACAAAUGGAGAAGGAACUGUAAUGCAGGACCUUGUUGGCUUAUAUGAGUUGAGUCUGUGAGUUUCAUCGCGGCACUUGAAUAGAAGACAGAGAGACAGCAGCUGGACUGUGUGUGGUGUUGAAACGCAAAGUGCAAUUUGAAGAAUUCCUCUGAUUUGAGUCACCAGGGCUCUGCUCCAUCCAUGUACAUUAAUGUUUUCUAUUGAUGACAGUGUUGUCUGCUGGUCUGUGCUGUGUGUCUGGUACUGGAGAGUAGAGUAGAUGUGUGUGUCAGUUAAUGCCUGAACAAAGGUCCAACAGUGCCAUGACAAACAGGUUUUCUGCAGCCUUUUCAAACGGACCUCUGGCCAACACGAACUAAUGGUGGUAUCGCUGGCUGUGCUACUGUUUUACUACUUUGACUUUUCUGUCAUCCUCUGGAUCAAAGAUCACUGGCCUCUGUUAACUUGGACAUCUGUGAUUUUUAAGCACAGUACUUCUCUGGAUCAACUAUGGGCCCAGCUCUCAGUCUAUCCACAAAACUAUCAUUUGUUCAUAGGCCUUCAGUAUUUCUUCUUUGCUAUAAGGUGAUGAUAAGUAUAUACAAACAAAGCAGACUCUUAUAAAGUUUCUGUCAUUUUGAACACUGGUUUACAUUUGAUUUUUAGUACUUUAGAAUGUAUGAAAUCACAUUUAUCUGCAAAAAUCUAUUAAAAGGGAGAAAAAAAUGAGGGAUGAUAACAUUAUUUCAGUGUAAGUAAUCAUUAAUUACUGAAGCCAAAUCAAUUAUGACGUAGGAAAUCCAAGUCAUAUUCUUGACCUGUUAAGUCAUAACGGUUACAUAAAGCUGCUCUAAUCAUUAUUUUUAUGUUAACUGUGGAUUAGAUGGCUUUGUGUAAUGUAAUGUUGUGAGGAACUCAGACAGACUUAUUAUUCCUCUCAGCUCUAACUGGAUUUCUAGUGUCUUUUGGCUCAUAACUUCAAAUGUAUGUCUGCUGAAUGUAUUCACAUUCACAAUGACAACUCCAUCAAGUCAGUUCUGCUUUUCAUGUGAUUUUUGUAACUGGUGACACAGAUCUAACAUGCUCAUUGUCACUGUAGAACAAAUGGUGGUUGCAGUAACUUGCACCCAUUGUUGAUGAAAGAGCAGCUUGGUUUGAGUUGUGUUGUAACUCUGGGCUGGACCAACAGAUUCCCCCUGCCUCCAGUUGUUAUGCUAAGUUAGGCUCAACAGAUCUCACCAGUCUCCAGGACAACACUUAGGCAGUUGAUCUUUCCUCUCAAACCAUUGAUUUGUUCAUACCUAUCAUAUUUUUCGACAAAACUCGUCAUAUCAUGUUCACAUUAGGUUUAUGACCAGACUGUCAUUGUAGCAGGUGGAGGGGAUGGUGGUGAUGUUUCAGGCAAGAAGGCUGUCGAACCAGUCGCCACAGUUCAAGACUGUUUCAAUAUUUGUAACUGAGAAACCGGGUGGAUAUUUUUUAAGGGGCUUGUGAUGUUCUGGAAGCUGGUUGUUAGUUUGUGAUAGCAAUUUCUAAACGACCGCUAUCUGUACUGGAUGCACAGAAGUUACACCAACAUUAUUUGACCUUUUCAUCUGACUUUUGGUAAAGACAGACAGAUAAGGCUAUUCCACUGAGAUGAACCAUUAGCAAAUUAAAAGUAACAUGCAUGAUUGUGUUCGACAGGUUGCGUUGCAAAUCCAGGUUUUUUCAGAGUGUAUGUGGACGUAUACACACUGCUGAGUUCAGAUGGAACACCUUUAUCCAGCCACUGCUGGGAACAACACAGGUGAUUCCAAAUCCCUCUCAGUGGGAUCAGAGCAUCAUUUACAGCAGGACAUUUACUGCACCAUCGCUACAGCGUUGUCUGAGUAACAGUAGGUACGGUAUGUCAUGACAUGAUCUCUCCCCUCCAUGAUGAGCUUCUUGAUGAACUUAUAGUGAUGUUGUCUCUAACAAACAUGACUAAUCAAAGUAUAUUAGUUUAUGUGACUGAAGAUUAUGUUAGGGUGUUUUGCUGUAUGGUCAGUGGGGUAUUUUAGUGCCUAUUAUUUUACUGUGAACGGAGUUCAUGAGGUGAAUUUAAUCAUAGUGAGGGUAUUUGUGCAAUUUGCCAGUUAUGUUUGCUUCUCUGUCAGCGAUCAGUGUUUGCAGGACAUAUGUUGUGUCUUGUGAACAGUGUAGGAAGAUUGCUGAGGGAUCGAGACUGAUGAGGAGGAAACCCAGCAGAAAGGACCAAAUCAGAGUUGUAUCAAGAUUCAGCCUCUUUCUAGAAAUCACACAAACUUUUUGUUGUUGCUGUUGUUUCAAAGUGUACUGUAGUGUCUUACAUUUUUGCUUACUUUCCACACAGUCAUUUGUUUUUCAUUAUUUCAACACAGCACUGAGGUCGAACUUGCAAACUAAGUCUUAUUUUUGCCAAAGUUUAGGUAUACUUGUGUCAUCUCUGUUGCCAACAACUUGGUGAAAGUUGUCCUCUGUCUUCUCAUGACAUUCUUUAAUUGCGUAUGUGUAGCUCCAACCUAUGUGAGACAAGUUUCAGGUCUCUGCAGGUGACUUCCAUGCUGUAUUGAAACAAACUGAUAGUGGUGACUGAAUGGAGGAGCUUAGAAAGUGGCCAGCAUUGAUGCAAAGUAUAUUGAUUGGUGUGUAAAACCAGUCACAUAUGCAAAAACCUAGUGUGACUCACAAAUUAAAUCAAUUUGAAACUGACUCCCGGUCUAAUUCAAAGGUACACUGUCAGAAUGUUAUAGCUCCCUGUGCUUGCUAUUCUAAAUAUUAAAAAUACAUAGAUUUGGAGAUUUGGGUCCAGAAAAUUAUUCAUGUACCUUUAACACACCAAAAUGAUGAACUGAAAAAAUAGUGACUGUAUUGGCGCCUUCUGACUGUGCCACAGAUAAGGGCUGGCUAGAGUCAAACACGCAACAGUGACUGGCCAAAUUUAAUACAGGCCCUCCCAACAGGUUUGGCACUGGAUUAAAUCUAGGUUUAAUCAACAUUUUGAAUUGGCUCUAGAUAGCUUUUGAACAUAAGAUAUUUUCAUGUACAAGGUUUUGUUGCAUGUUCUUGAAAGAUCCUACAGCUGUUAGGAAGCUGUAAAAGUAGUUUUAUGCAGUGAACUUCUUAUAAUGGACUCUGGUAACCAUCAGAUGUUUAGCUUUUGGCUGCUUCUGUAUGAGGAAAAGCAGAUAACAGGAUGUGCUUUCCUUUUGACCAAUGCAAACAAGCAGUCCCAAGUGUUGCAGUCUUGUGCAGAUCAUUCUGUGCAUUCCAAGUUAAAGCUGAACUCAGCUGGACGUCAUCUAACAAAACCUACAUUUUUUAUUUUUGCAUUUUUGUCUCUUAAUUAAGUCCACCUGAGACAUCUUUCAAUUAGUUUCAAACUACUUAUCAUGUUGCUGACAUAUCUGUCUGCACCUAUAUACUGCAGAUAAGUGUCAGAUCAGACUGUGAGAUCAUGCAGGCUGCGACUGGUGGGUCAGUUUAAUUGAAGGUGUGGAGGAAAGGAAAGGACUCAAGUUCAGUCAUUUUCGCUGCAGGAGAUCAAGGGAUUGUUUUCCUAAUAAUAAGACAUAUUAAUACGUAUUGUUAUCGUAGGGUGGCUUGGCUAAGCUUCAGAGAUAAGCGGGGAGUUAAGUAAUCCACGGGGAGCUUUCAGUAGAGCCGUUCAGGCUUGAAAGAGCCAGUUGAAGCUGUUUUGGCAUCUUGUUAGGAUCCCUCCUUGGCGUCACCCUUGGGAGGUCUACCAGGCAUGAACAACUGGGAGGAGAUCCCGGGGCAGACCCAGAACUUGCUGAAGGGACUAUAUAUAUCUCAUCUGGCCUGGGAACUUCUCAGAAGGGGCUGGUAAGCAUUGCUGGAGAAAAGGAGGUCUGGAAUACCCUUCUAAGCCUGAUGCCUCCAUGACCCGACCCUGGAUAAGGGGAAGAUGAUGGAUGGAUGGAUGGAUGGAUGGAUGGAGUGUUUUCAUUUAAAACAAGGAAACUGAUGAUAAUUAGUCUGAAAAGACCUCAGAUCUCAUUCUCUUCCUCAGCAGAUAGUUAGCUCAGGUGUCCUCACAAGACCUAACUGUGGAACAUGGUCACAUGACAGGUAAUUGUAUAAGGGAGAAAUGGUAACCCCGUCUCCACUGAUGCCUAAUCAAUGACCUUUGACCUCUCUCCACUGGAUGCUGUGGUUUUGGUUUGUUGUUCACACACAGCUGAUACUAUGUUUCUGGUGUCUCUUCUCCAGGAUCCCCACAGUAGUCACAUGUGAUACCACGUCUGUUUUUCCAUGAAUAAAUAUAAUGAGAACUGAGGUAUCUCCAUGACAAAUACUCUAUCUGCUGAUGUAGACAAUGAGAUGAGGAUCUUGACAUUAUUUUUGACAAAAUGCUUUUCACCGGGUCCACAGUGAGCUUUCACUCUCAACAAUCAAAUAGAACCAUGAAUGGAGGCAUGAUUCACUUACCUUUUGAUUUGUUGCAAACUUCAGGGUGCUGUUGUGCUGUUGGCCCUCAUGUUUUACCUUUCUGGAGGAUUACAGAUCGUAGAGCCGCUGCUAAUCACACAAUUUGACAUGUUGACUACUUAAGUGGUUCUCUCAACUUUGUUUCUUAUUCUGCACUGAGAACAGCUUCUGUCUGUUUAUUGCUUAUCAUAUAUUGCCAAAGUAUUGAAGAUAUCAUAUUUUAUACUCUUUUGUAUUUCCUUGUGCCAGUAAUCUACUAAACCUCUGUAUAUGUGUCCCAGGCUGCUGGAAAAGCACGCUAUCAUUCUUUAUUUGCACAUGACGCUUAUCACACAGUGGAAUCAACUUUAAACUGCAGUAUAGUCGGCCUUUAACCUGCAUGAAGAAGCACAGCGCUUAGCCACACUGAAACUACCAAAGGCUUUCAUGGACAUGGAUAUUCUAAAUGAGCUAAUCAUGCUACACAGAUUUAUUUUUUUUCUUUUUCAGCCUAAAAUUAACAUGCAAUGAAAAACUCAAUGUCUGCAAUUUAAACUCUGUUCUGUCUUAUAUGGGUGUUCCUUUUCUGAAAACCUGUUUACAGAAGAAGAACAUUGCUGUUGUUUACAGAUAGGAUUCUACCUGUACUGUUAAAUUGUGUGGUGAAUAUCUGUACUGAUAUAAUCCAGUGUAUCUACUGUAGUUGUAAGACAGAAUUCUGUGUGGUUGAAACCCAAAAUAAAUCUGAAGAACGUCCUUAUGUGAAGCGAUUUUUUUAUGUUGUAUUCAGAGGAAAGUGAAUGACCCGUAAACAAAGAUGAGAGGCUGUUUAACCAAGUCCUUCACAAGAGAAUAAUCCUUACAGGAACACAAUGAUAAA